AUUUGAUUUAUUCAUCACUUUUCCAGUUUUCAAUUCAGCACUGCCACAGCAGGAAGAGAGGCUCUUCCCCUUCGCAUUUCCGUUGAUCUUCAUCGCUCGCCGAAAAAAAGUAGGGUUUCACUUUGUCUCCAUUUUCCUUACCUGGGUAGCUGACCGAGUAGCGCAGGUCCUGCUGCUGCAGACCCAUUUUACUGGAGACCCUGAUUUUGACAGCUUUCUGAAUUGGUGUUGAACAUCAAGGAGUUGAUAGUUGGUGGAGGAAUGUUACUUUUGGCCUUAUUUAGUACAUGGUAUAUGAGGUGGUUCAGUUUUGCUGCAGAAUUAUGAUGAGUGAUCUACGCUGAAGUCUGUUGGGGCCUAAAGGAAGUGGAAUUGGUUCUCUUGCUCGUGGUGUCCUGAAAAUAGCUAAAACGGGUUCCCUUUGUUGUGUGGCCGCGAGGCCGCAUGGGUCAAGUGCAGCCAGUGGAGACUGGUCCACUGAUCCAGACGAACCUUAUUGGCAGACUAAUUCAAGCUUCUCCCCGCCUCCUUUGGGAUGGGAUUUUAGAUUUUCAUCUGAAGACCUGCCCUAUGAAUCCAAUGCUCGCAACCAAAUUUAUAGGUCCUCAACAUCCUCGACAGUCAAAGAGGCUAGAUUGAUUAGGGGCAAUCCCUUUUACAGUCAUCAGUAUGAUGGUGCAGGGCCUUUGGUCAGUAGUCCUGAACAUUCUCAUGGUCCACAGUGGGCACAGCCAGUGGUACAAGAACUUAGUUUUGAUGACUAUGAAGCUGCUACAAGGAGAGUUUCUUCUUCCUCUUUGUGCCUUAUAGCUGAAGUUCUUGGGAAAUUCCCCUCCACGCCAACUAUUGAGGGAACUUCAGCAAACCGAGGGAGGCUCUCUUCAUCAAAUUCAGACGUCAGCGACUUUGAAACUUCCUUCAAGUCAUGCCUAUCUUCACAUUGCAAUUUCUCUAGCCGCCGGUCCUUUUUGUCAAAACCCAUUCAUCCUUUGUCCUUCCCCUUCCAUUCCCCCGGAGAUGCUUCAACCAGUCAAAAAGAUGCAUAUAGCCGGAGAAGCAGUGCUAGCAGCAGUAGCACUGAUUUUGCAGACGUUUGUGAAACACUCGAGUCAGCCAAUCCAGGUCGUUCAUCAUCUACUUCCUCAGAUGGUUUCAAAUGUGGGUUGUGUGAAAGGUUCCUUUCACACAGAUCUCCUUACAGCUCUCGCAGAAUUGUGCGAAGUGGAGACAUGCCUGUCGCUGGGAUUCUCUCAUGCCGCCAUUUCUUUCAUGCUGAAUGCUUGGACCAGAUAACGCCCAAGUUGCAUAAAAGCGACCCGCCAUGCCCCAUCUGUUCCAGAUUUGAGGAGGGAGAUUCUCCUGAUCACAAGAUCUUUGCUAGGUUGAGGAACAGCUUCCCAAAGUUUAGAAGGCAAUUGCUCGAGGAAGGAGCUCUGCAGGUACCACCGCGGAAUACCAUGUUGAUGCUAAACCGUCGUCGUUUGAGUUCUGUUAAAGGAAACUCGGUGAAAGCAUUCCCAGGAAAGCUCAGGAAUGGUGGGCUAUACUCUUCACAGCUAUUGGGCUCUCAUUCCGCUGAUGUAGGAGCUGUCGGAUGCUCAAAGGCGCCUACCGGAAGCCUAUAAGCAUUUAGAGUUGCUGCUAGUCACUUUAGCCUGUGCUUGAAGCCUGCCAAUUGGCUAGUUUUAAAACAGAAAUCGUAGAUUUGUUGGUAAGUGAGAACAAAAUUUGAAAUUAUUGGGUGUUCUUGUACAGAGAUUCUCUGCCUUUUUGUAGCAGUUGUUUUAUUGCUUGAUGAACUUGGGUCAGUUAAAAAUUAUUCUCUUAGCAGAGUUCAUAAACAACAUGGGAGAAGUGGCGUUCUAGUACUUAUUAUUGAAAGUGAUGCAUUACGCAUUAACGGGCUGUCAUCAUUACUAAUAUAGUUAUGUUUAUUGUGUUAUUUCGGUUGGUUAUUUGAUUAUUUGGGGUUUUGUUUUGUAUUAUUAACGGUGUAUUGUUUACUUGUUGGUAUACUUUUAUUGGAU